AGUUGUUAAGUGACAUAAGGAAAGGGAAAGAAAAAAGAAAGAGACUUGGAGAUAUGGUUGGGAGUCAAUGUGGGUCACAAACAUUUGUUGAAGAAGAUCAUGAAAUUGAAGAGAUCCCUCAAUCUCAAUCACAUGUAGCACAACAAAAAAGGAAUAGUAAUUCCUAUUUUGUACCAAGGACAACUCCUAGAGCACAGAAAAGUAUUAAAAGUGCUUUGCAAUCAAAAGAAAAACAAGAAGCUGCUAGGAUGGCUAUUGCUAGAUGGUGGUAUGAUGCUAAUGUGCCUUUCCAUGCUGCACGAUCAAAAUAUUAUUUGCCAAUGUGGGAUGCUAUCACAUCUAUGGGACCAGGUUUCAAGGGACCAAGUUAUCAGGAUUUGAGGGGUCCUCUCUUAAAAUGUGCAGUAAAGGAGGUUAAUGAAUGGCUUUUAUCCUUGAAGUCAACAUGGAGUACUAAUGGUUGUUCAAUUAUGGCUGAUGGAUGGACAAAUCAAAGACAACAACCAAUAAUCAAUUUUCUUGUUUAUUGUCCUAGAGGAAGUAUGUUUUUGAAGUCCAUUGACACUUUUGGUUUGACAGAGGAUGUUGAAAUAUUGGAGAGGAUGUUUGAUGAAGUGGUGAAAGAAGUAAGAGUGGAGAAUGUUGUACAAUUUAUAACAGACAAUGAUGCCUCAUAUAAAGCUGUUGGGAAAAGGUUGGAAGCAAAGUACAACACAUUUUUUUGGUCUCCUUGUGCUGCCCAUUGUAUUGACUUGAUGUUAGAAAAUUUUUCUGAUGCAAGAUACUUUCCUAUGAUUGAUACUACUAUAGGAAAGGCAAGAAAAGUCACAAAGUUCAUAUAUAAUCAUUCAUGGGUGCUAGCAUUAAUGAGGAGAGACUACAGAAAUGGGAGAGAUUUGUGUCGUCCUGCUGUUCCGAGAUUUGCUACUCACUUUUUGAGCAUCCAAUGUUUGUUGAAAUUUAAGAAGGAACUUAGAAAAAUGUUUACAAGUGAUGCAUGGGUUGGUUCUCGGUAUGCAAGAAGCAGUGUUGGGAAAGGAAUAUGUGAAAUUAUCUUGGAAGAUAAAGAAUUUUGGUCUAAUUGCAUAGUAGUUGUCAAAAUCAGUGAACCCUUGGUGAGAGUGCUUCGACUAGUGGAUAAUGAAGAGAAGCCAAGCAUGGGCUACUUGUAUGAGGCAAUUGAUAAGGCAAAGGAGACAAUAAAAAAGAAUUUUAAUAAUAGGUUGUCUCACUACAUGCCUUACAUUAAUGUGAUUGAUGCUAGAUUGGAUAACUUCAACAAACAAAUUACUGUUACGAGAGGUUUGCUUAAUACUUUAACAACAUUGAUACCGGAUAAGGAUAAGCAAGAUCUUAUUAGUUCACAACUUAAGGAGUAUAAAAAAGCUACAGGGACCUUUGGCAUGAGUUUGGCUAUUCGUCAAAGAGAAAAGUUAAAUCCAGUUGCAUGGUGGGAUCAAUUUGGAACAGAUGCACCCGAAUUGCAAAAGUUUGCAAUUCGAGUGCUUAGCCAAUGCAUAAGUGCAACUGGAUGUGAAAGGAAUUGGAGUGCUUUUGAUUUUAUUCAUUCUAAGAAGAGGAAUAGGCUAGAGCAUGAAAGGGGCAAAGAAGCAAUGGAUCCUUUUAGUCUUGACAAUAUUGACAUAUUAGUUGAUUGGGUGGCUGAGGAGCCAACUCUUCUUGAUAAAGAUGAUUAUGAUGUAGAUUGGGCAGCAAUUGAUGAGUCUUUGCCAAAUCAAAUCCUUGAUGAUACUGAUAGUAUUGUUUAUGAUGAGGAAGAUGUCCCACAAGUUCCUCUUGAAAAUGAAAGUGAACAACUUUGGACUGGAGUUGGUGGAGUUACAGGUUAUGGAAUUCCUCCAGAUGAGUAUCCUUAUAAUUAUUUACAAGAUCAUUAAUUUUGUUGUUUAUUUAUAAUUGUCACUUGACAGAAACAAUUGAAGAACUCUUGUGAUGAACCAUUAGGUAUCUGUUUCAUCAUUCAAUCUUUUUAACUUUUAUAAAUUGAAUGUGAUUUG